AUGCUUUUCCCAGUUCGCUUGGUCCCUCUUGUCGGGAGUUUCAUCUCACUCGUCUCUGGCCUGCCGUCCACGAGUGAACAUGAAACAUCUACAGUGCUUCUUCCUAGCGAUGACCCAUUCUACAGCGCUCCCCAUGGCUAUGAGGACAAACUCCCAGGGACUGUCCUUCGCCUGCGUCACGUUCCAGGCAAUUUGACGGCCUCGGUCAAUGCUUCUGCAGCAUACAACGUCCUCUACCGCACCACGGACAGUCAAUAUCGUCCUUCAUGGGCUGUGACGACCGUCUUCAUCCCCGCUACUGAGCAUCAUGCCAAAGAGUCUGCCUUACUCUCCUACCAAAUCCCAUAUGACUCCCAUGACCUCGAUGCUAGCCCCAGCUAUACCAUGCACGCUUCUCCUCCUACCGAUGUCACCAUUGCGCUUGCCGAGGGUUGGUACGUCAACGUUCCCGACUACGAAGGCCCACUUGCCUCUUUUACCGCCGGUGUGCAAUCCGGCCAUGCCACACUCGACUCCAUCCGGAGUAUUCUUUCCGACACGGCCACUUUUGACGUCCAUGCUUCCGCCUCCCGCAUUGCUCUAUGGGGAUACUCCGGUGGCGCCCUUGCCAGUGAAUGGGCCACCGAGUUGCAAUUGCAAUACGCUCCGGAACUUUCUCUCGCCGGCGCUGCUCUUGGUGGUCUUACACCCAACAUCACCAAUGUGAUGGACACCGUCAGCGGCACGAUCUACGCAGGCCUUGUUCCCGAAGCUGUCCUCGGAUUGGCGAGUCAAUACCCUGCUACCUACGAGUAUCUGGUUAGUCAGCUACACGAGAAGGGAAAGUACAACCGGACGACCUUCCUCAAGGCGCGGGAUAUGACUAGCUCGGAGUCUGGAACAUUUUUCGCUUAUCAGGAUAUUUUUGACUACUUUGUCGAUGGCAAGGAGACUUUUGACGCUGCUGUUGUGCAGCACGCGUUGAAUCGGGAUGGAUACAUGGGAUACCACGGUGUUCCCCAGGCUCCGAUCUAUGCUUAUAAGGCGAUUGAGGACGAGGUCAGUCCUAUUGCUGAUACGGAUGCGCUGCUGGAGAGGUACUGUGGCGUCGGGGUGAAUAUUCUGUAUGAGCGGAAUGAGAUUGGUGGGCAUUCUGCAGAUGCCUACAACGGUCAUGCGAGGGCACUGGAAUUUCUUGCCGCUGUCUUGGGUGGUACCUAUGCUAGUGUCUAUCAGACUACGGGGUGUACCUUCACUAAUGUCGCUGUGAACGUCACCGACUCACCUCUGUAA